CACUUAACCGCAGUGAAACGUGAGCGGGGCUGUAUUUUUGGGAUGUUUUAGACGGGGAGCGAACAAAGACGCAGGCCCGAGAGUUUGUGGAUAAAAGUAGCAGUAAAGAAGAAGAAAAGAAGAAGAAGAGUAAGAAGAAAGAGGAAGCCACGUCGUUCCGGCAGAGGGAGGAGAUAUGGCUGAAGAUGUCCGUGGAUUCUGAGAAGUCCUGUAUUCUGCUAUUAUCCAGAGACUCCAGGACUUCCUGCAUCUUCCAGACUGCUGAUGAGAAGGAUGAGAUCCCCGGGGUGGGGGAGGAGAGCGUUCUGGAGAUGCUGAGCUACUCCAAGUUCUCGGACCUGGAGACAUGGCUCUGCAUGCCGUCCUCGUUGCUCCUCCCCCGGCCUCCAGACUCCGCCCACUCAUCAUGCUCCAACCUGUCGUCCUCUUCGUCCCGCCACUCCACCUGCAGCGAGCCGGCGGAGGCCAGCGGGACCCUCAGUUCCCGCAGGUGGUCCCUCAGAGAAUCCAGCAUUGUCCCCCCUGAACUGGGGAAGGAGGCGGCGUUUCUGUCCACGCCGCUUCUGCCGCUCCUCUCCUCCACCCCCAACGCUUCACCGCAGCCUCCAGCCGGAGACCCCGCCUUGCAUGGCGGCGUCAGUGUUCGGAAACGGCGGCGGCUCGCUGCCAGUCCUGGAGGACUCCACUGGAACUCUGCAGGUAAGCUGCAGCGCGACUUCUACUCCCCGUAUCCGUCUCCGAGCUUGAGGGCGAGCGCAGCAGGAGGGGGCGGGGCCAGGAGGGAUGAGGUGGGCGGAGCUUCACCUGCGUGGGCCGGCGGCCGGCCGCCGCUCAGGAAAACGGUCUCGGCUGACGGGGAGCUGCUGUGUUCAGGGGGAGAGCAGAGACACCUGAAGCUGCUGAGUCGGCUGGAGCGAGGACGCAGGAAGCUGCACAGUCUGCAGGGCCCAGGAACAUCUGGAAGAUACAACAGCAGGAAAAACAGGUUUGAGAGUAAGGUCCACCGGCUGGCUCAGAGGUGGAACCACAGACCAGGAGAUGGUCUGAUCCAGGACCUGAAGCCCCUGUACCUGUCAGGAACCGCUCGGUCCUCCCUGAGCCUGGACAGGCGCCUCUCGGGCGGGAUGACCCAGCAGAUGCAGAACCUGCAGCUCUCCCAGAGCAGGAGGUUCCCCGGCGGGCCGGCGUCCCCCAACGCCGCCAAGCGCCUCUACCGGAACCUGUCGGAGAAGCUGCGGGGCAGCACCUCCUCCUUCGAAGACGCAUACUUCUUCGGGAAGACGGACCGGCUCCGCAAAGCCUCGACGAUGCAGGGCAGCGACUGCAUCUUCGAGGCGGUGGAGCAGCAGGACCUGGACGCCGUGCAGAUCCUGCUCUACCAGUUCUCCGCCGACGAGCUGGACCUGAACACGCCCAACAGCCAGGGCCUCACGCCGCUGGACAUCGCCAUCAUGACCAACAACACGCCCAUCGCCAAGCUGCUGCUGAAGGCCGGCGGGAAGGAGAGUCCGCACUUCGUCAGCGUGGAGAGUCGCGAGGCGCACCUGAGCACCCUGGUGGAGGAGGCGGAGCGCCGGGCGGCCGACCUGGCGGCGCAGGCGCAGAAGGACGGCCUCUCGCUGGAGGCGUGUCACAAGGACAAGAUGCUGCGGACCUGGGAGUGGAGGAGCAAGCUGUACCGGCGCAUGAGGACGGGCUUCCAGCACGCACGUCCCCCGGAGGCCCCGUCUAUGGUUCAGCUGAGCGUGAGCAGCAGCACCACGCUCACCGUCACCUUCCAGGAGCCACAGAGCCUCAACUCCACCGUGGUCACCAAGUUCAGAGUGGACUGGAGCUGCCUGAAGGACUUCUCCCUGCUCGCCGGUGAGAUGGUGGUGGACAACCUGCAGAACCUCCAGUGCACCAUCAGCGGCCUCUCCACGGGUCGGCUCUACUACGUUCGAGUGGCUGCCUACAACAUGAAGGGCUGGGGCCCCCCCUCCUGCUCCCGCCCCCCCUCCGCCGCGCCGUCCAACUGGAGGGAGAGCGACGGCCAGGAGCCCCGGCGGCAGGGCCACAUCGAGGCCAUGGAGCGUCUCCUGCAGCAGGUCCGGGCCACCCACACACACUACUGCUCCGGAGACUCCUCAAAGCUGCAGAACCCCAGCAGGAAGCAGUCGGUUUCCAGGAGCCUCAAACACCUCUUCAACUCCUCCAACAAGUUUGUGAAGACACUGAAAAGGGGCGUCUACCUGGCCGCCAUCUUCUACCACAAGGACAGUCUGCUGGUGACGACGGAGGACCAGAUCCCCAUCGUGGAGGUGGACGACUCCUACGGCAGCUCGCUCAUGCAGGACUUCCUCUGGUUCACCAAGCUGUCCUGCAUGUGGGAGGACGUCCGCUGGCUGCGACAGAGCACUUCGGUCUCCAUGUCGUCCUCGUCCACUCUGCAGACCCGACACAAGAUGCUGAGCGCCGCCGGCCAACUGCAGAACCUGCUGGGAACUCAUAACCUGGGUCGGGUCCACUAUGAGCCCAUCAAGGAUCGCCAUGGCAACGUGUUGCUGGUCACCAUCCGCGACACGGAGAGCCAGCACUCGCUGUUCAACGGGAAGUGGAUGCAGGUGACCAAACUGCAGAGCCAGAGGAAGAGUCUGUCGACCCCGGAGGAUCCGUACGCCCUGGACGUGCUCAUCAUCACCAUACAGGACAUCCUGGGGUACCAGCGGCGCAGCAGCCACCGCCUGCCCCCCGGACUCUACCUGGGCUACCUGAAGCUCAGCAGCUCCGUGGACCAGAUCAGGGUCCUGGUGUCCAAGCGGACCCCCAACGUGCUGUGCCACGCCCGCAUCCGCGACAACGCCAACGUGUCCAGGGAGGAGUGGGACUGGAUCCAGGCGCUGGCGGCUGCAGGUGAUCAACACCUCAGCGAGGAGGACGGCGAGGAGGCGGAGCCCCGGCGGGAAAGCCACGCCCCUCUACUCUACUACGAGCUGCAGACGGCGAUAAAGGCUCUGCUGCAGCUGCUGAACCUACCUCUGCACCAGGCCCGUCACUUCCGUCUCUACAGCCAGGAGGUGGUGGAACUGGGUCACGGCGUCUCCUUCCUGCUGCUGCUGCCGCCGGCCGACGACGUCUGCUCCGCCCCCGGAACCAGCAACCCCUACACGCCCAUGUCGGGCUUCCUGCACCUGCCACUGCAGAUGUUCGAGCUCGUUCUCUUCUGCACCUACAAGGAGAAGUUCAUCAGUCUCUACUGCCGUCUGUCGUCCGUCCUGGACCUGGACGCCCUCAUUACCCAGCAGGCCUUGCGCGAGGCCAUCACGGACAGCGAGGUGACCACGGCCCGGCAGAGACAUCAGCUGGUGCUGGACUACAUCCAGCAGCUGGACGAGACGCGGCGGGACCUCCGCUGGAUCACGGACGCGCUGCAGUUCGCCCGCUACAAGCAGCCGCGCGGCGGCGUCCCCAUCACCUGCCUGGUGGACACCGGCGCCCUGGACGCCAGCUCCGCCCAGCAGAAGACGGACUCCACCUCCUCCGCUGCCGACUACCUGGCCACGCCCUCCCCGUCGCCGGAGCUGCGACGCAGGAAGCCGCUGGGCGACGCCCUGGGCUCGGACGAGGACGGCUCGUCGGAGGUGUUCCUGCCCACCGACAGCGACUACGACUCCAGCGACGCCCUGAGCCCCCGAGACCUGGACCUGCUGUACUCGCCGGACCUUUCCCAGCAGGCCUUGCACCCGCUGGGGGGCAGCGCCCCCGACGUCCUGCAGACCCACGAGCUCAGGUACAGCGUCUGCGGCUCCGCCCCCUCGUCGUCCUCAGACCCCUCCCCCUCCCUGUCCUGGACCCUCCCCCCGUCCCCGUCCCUCCCCCUGUACGACGCCACCAAGACCCUGGAGGGCCUGUCCCUGUCCCGGGAGGCCGCCGCCCCCCCGCGGGGCCCCGCCCCCCCGAGGGGCUCCACCAACCCCGUCUCCAAGCGGAAACACGGCGGGGGGCAGUACUUCGGCAGCCCCCCCCGCUGGAUCAGGGGCCGCGUGAAGGAGAGUCUCCCCGGGUCCCUGUCGGAGGGCGUCUACACCCCCGCGGACCCCCCCCCCGCCCGACAGCACCACCUACAUCAGCCACGCCUCCUGCGUGCUGGAGAGCAGCCUGGGCCGCCACCACAGGCCGCACCCACAUGUACGCAGGAUCUUCGCGGAGCCCCUCAAGGCGCCGUCCCGGGGCCCCGAGGGGGGGGCGGAGACUAACGCGAUGGGGGCGGAGCCUGGCGGGGAGGGGGAGGGGCCAGAGGUGGACUCAGACGACCAGAGCAACUCCCAGCUGUCGGAGAUCCUCAGCA